AUGUCCGCGAUCGAUCCCAAGCUGGGUGAGCCGGACUCCGCUGACAAGUCUCGGCAAAAGAGCUGCAACGCCUGCGUACGGAGCAAGCGCCGUUGUGACAAGCGGACCCCGCGGUGCACCCGCUGUGCUGAGAAGAACUUCUCCUGCGUGUACCAGAACCUGCCUCCUAAUGGCGUUGCCACUGCUAGUAGUGCCGAUAGCCAUGACGACCCGCUGCAAGCUAUGGACCUCGAGGAUAACGGUAUCUCGCCGCCACACCCUUUUGAUUUCAACACACUCGACGGCACCUCUUCGACAGCAUCGCCCACAUUUGUUAACGGAACUUUGGUCAUGACUGAGCCUACCGACAGCAACGCAACGACUACGACGGCGUCGUCGAUUAACCUGAACUUGGACGCCAACAUGCCGUUCGACUUCAACUCCGUCAUGGACUUUUUGAAUGCGGACCCGGUGCAGGGGGGAGAGAUGCAGCUAUGGGAGACACCGCAGCCCCCAACGGUACCUAAAACCAUCGUACCUGAAGUACCAUAUAUGGGCUCAGUGUGUUGCGGUAUGGAUAAGGAUGAUAUGCUGUGUAUGUCGCAGGAUGAUUUCAAGCCAUGGCAGAUCCACGAGCCCGACUCGCGCAUCGGCUUCCUGGUAAACUACUGUACAAAGAUGCACGUCACAUUUGCCCAGACAAAGCAGACCCCUUUCCUCCACCGUCACCUCUACCGCCAUACCCGGGGGACGCCGCGGCCGCUCAUGGCUGCCUAUACCGCCAUCUCCGCCUAUGCAGGUCGUACCGAGACCAACAAGGGCUGGGCUAUCCGCGCUAUUUGCGAGGGUGCAGCCGAGGUGCUCAAGAGCUCCAAGGAUGCGGCGGCAUCGGCGGCCAUGUCGGGCCAUGACAAGCUUGCGCGAACGCAGGCGCUGUGGAUGCUGCAGACCAUCAGAUGUUUUGACGGAGACAUAGCACUGCGGGCGCAGGCUGAGAGAGAUAUGGGCGUGCUGAAGAGGUGGCUAGAGGAAUUGGAGGGCUUGAGAGAUAACCUCGACGACGUGCAUUUGUUGGAUGACCUUGCGGUGAGGCAGAGGCCGCCGAGGUCGUGGGAGGUGUGGGUUUUCAAUGAGAGUGUCAGGAGGACGAUCUUGAUGGGGCAUAUGUUCACAUCGCUGUUUGAGAUUUUAAAAUCAGCUGGUGAGGCUGAACCCGACCCAGCAAAUUGGAUGGCGCCGCACCGGUGGACAUUCUCGAAGCAUCUCUGGGAUGCUCAGUCGUCACCGGCUUUCUUCUCAGCGUGGCGCGAGAAGCCGCUCUUUAUGAUUAACAGCUUCUUCGUGAAUGAAGUUGCCAAGGUGGCGAGGCCACUUGAUGUGGAUGAGUUUGCAAGGCUUUUCCUCACUCUAAACUUCGGUGUCGAGGAGACGAAGCAUUUCAUGCUGGAGGCUUGA